AUGGCCAUCGUAGUAAAAGUAGUAGAACAUACGCUACCCAAUUGUUGUGGGUUCUUGUCCAAUUCCGACAAAAAGUUUGUAAGUUGUUGUAAAAUUAUUGUAGAGAGAUUAGAUGAUAAGAUAAAUGUUUGAUAAUUAUCGUAGUAGUUGUACUGUAUAUAAAAGUAUUAUUGAUUUGAGAUAGACGUCAAAGUAAAAGGCAACAUUCAUUUGGCUAAAGUCUUACAUUGUACAUCAUAUAACUCAAGUUCAAUAUCCUGUUAAACCUCUUUUUUUAAAUUUUUAUAAUUUUAAACUUGAAAAUCCCUUCAUUUUUUAAAAUCGAAAACUUUCUUUCAGGUAGAAUCAGCCAGUUUUGCCGUAUUCCACUGUUCUAAAGUCGGCGAAAGCAACCAAAAUGGAUUUGUUUUGCAAGUUUUCGCUUCGAAACCCCCAUUUGAAUACCUACAUCUGAAUCGUAUCUUCCUACAGAAGCUAGGUUUAAGUGUUGGUGAUGAGUUGAUGCUAGAGCAGGUCAAGGAUGUCAAUUACUGCCAAUGGAUGGAGAUAAAGCCAGAGACCUUUGAAGACUGGAAUAUUAUCGUAGGUAUUCAUAGUUGGUCUUGUUUUAAAAAUUAUUUUAAAGAAUACGUUAGGACUUAUAUUAACCUAUAAUAAUUAAUCGGAACUUAAUUUUAAACGUGCAAUAGGUUCUUUUACUUAUUAUUUUGCAGGAAAACACCAGCGAAGUGAUUGAAGAAGACUUCCUACGCCAAAUCCGUGUAGUACAAGAAGACCUCUCUUUCGUAUUAUUUUUGUCCUCAGGCAUUUCAGUCAACUUCAGAGUCGGUAAGGAUACCCAUACUAUUGUUUUGUUACUGUAAAAUCUUUUUUCUUGAAAUCGAAAACCACACCUUACUCAACUAAAACACCAUUUUAGUCCAAAUCGGCUCGAAAUUGCCUAAGGGAUCGGCGGCUCUGAUCUCCAACACAACCCAAGUUAUGGUAGCUCCACUAUCUCAACCAAAAGUUACAGAAUACGCUCAAAAGAGUACUGUAACAGAAGCUCCCCACGAUAAUGUAGCUUUGUUUAAUCCGCUGAGAUUCUUCAUCGUCCAUAACAAUAUCCAGUUGUAUCUUCGAGUCAUGCCCCACGGUUUCUCGAAGAAACUAAAGGUCAAAUUGCCUAUCUCUACUGUGGUUACUAUUGGCAAAGGUAGGAAAACGUAGAAUAACAAGAGUUAACUUAUCGUAUCGCUUCUUAGGUAACAUAUAUAGUUAAUGUAAUUACCAGAUAAAUUGUUUUAUCUCCCACAUUCUUCAGGGAAAUACGUAAAAACCAAGAUAUAUCGUGUGAUACGACCCUAUGCUACCUCAAUAUACAUCAACCUCGUUGAAUUACCAGAAGCCUCAAUAGAACUACAAUCUCAAUUGGCAAGUAUACACGAAGCCUUGAGGCAAUUGCCAAAAGGACACUGCUUUGUAUCUUCAGACCUGCAACAACAAGGAUUACAGUCAUCUAUGCGCUUACUGUGUAUCCCAGCUAAUGAAUGCGAAAUACGACAAUUGAAAAGGGUUUUGUACAGCAGUAGUGUUAAUGUAAGUUAAUGUAAAGUAAACUAGAAAAUUAACUUUAAAAUAACCAUACCAUAUCAUAACUAACAAUAUCUAAAAUUUUAGCUAAAACCACAUCAGUUAGAAACCAUAAUCAAGCACAACUUCAAAGACCAACCCUAUAUACCAUUCAUAAUUCCAGAUUCCGGUUGCGAAAUUACAUUAAAGAAUCACGGUAAAUUAGAUAUCUUCUUUGCAAUUUAAAAUAAUAAUAAGACAAUUAAAAUAAAGCAAAAAUGUUACCUAAAAUACUUUCAGACGGCCGUUUCACGGUAAAAUUCGUAUCAUCAGAAGGUAUCGACAGCACGAAGCGAUGUAGCCUAUUCCUAGUCGACAAGUUGCCAACGUUUCAACAAAGUGUAAGUUUAGAUACAAAUUAAUCUUGUAACCGGCCUAUUAUAAAGUCAAAGAAAUCAAACUUUCAAUAUAAAUAUAAGUUUCAGGAACACGAAAUCAAGAUCCCACCUCAACCAGAACAAAAGCUUGUACCUAAUUUUGGAGAAAAGCAAACGAAGAGUGACCUUUUCGAAGCCCAAAGCAAGAUCGUGGAUAAUAUUCUACAAUACCUGAAGCCAGUCUGUCAGAAACCUCACUGUAAUGGACUCAAUGUUCUUGUUUGUGGAGAAGAAUUCAGUGGAAAAACUACAAUAUUAAAUACGAUCUCCAUGAACCUCUACGAAGAUCUCAAGGUUUCUCUUUGAAAAUCGACUGUAACGAGUUCAAAGGUAUGGAUAAUAUAAAUAUUGAAAGGUACCUUCCAAAUUAAUAUACAAAACUUACAUUGUGGGACUUGAAUAUUCAUCAUAGUUUUCGUCAACAGUGUCCUUCAAAAAAAAAUUUUGUAAAUCAAAAAUUUCAAAAUUUUUUUUCAAUCCAAAAUUAGCCGCGAAUUGUGACAUUUCGUUACAAAACCCAAUAAAUAUUUUCAGGAAAAUCUCCGGACAAUGUUUCGUUGUUUUUGGAGCAAAAACUUCGACUUCUGGAAGCCCGAUGGCCUUCUGUACUGUUCUUGGACCAAUUCGACUUCUUGAAUAAUUCUUUGGAAGAUGAAGAAAGGUCAAAGUUCAUUGCCAAGGUUUAUUUGAGUAAGUUUUAUGAAGGAUAACUUAUUUUUUUGGUAUUUAUGUACUUUGUUUAUAUUUUAGGUAAUAUUUUUGCGUUUUUAAAUGAAUUUUGGCUUUAAAAUAGCCGAGGAAUAUGUACAAUAUAACAAGUCGUGUUUAUUUCAGAGAUCUCAUCCUUAAUCUACGAUUAUAACAUUACUGUAGUUGCCACGACUAAAAGCCAGCAUUCUCUGGCAGAUGGAGCGUUGAGAUGUCAUGGUAAACGCUUCUUUACUCUAGUAAUGGAGAUAACUCAAAUUAGUCAGGUAGGUUACUUUAUGUUUACUGAUGUAUCUCAAUAUUUUUGAACUUGAAAGUCUGAUAUAAUGCUGGUUUUUACUGCAAAUAUUUUACCGUAAGAGUGAUGGAUAAAAGUAGAGGUGUUUAAUGUAAAUUUUAAUAUUUAAGAGUUAG